AUGGUGUUGUGUAAGAAACAGCGAUUAUCAAAAAUUGAGCAAUUUUUGGGGUACGAAUAUGGUAAUUCUACGGCUGAAUUUGAUGCGACAGCGGCCUGCCGUAGGUUAGUGGGGGUUCUAGGAGUCAAUGGGGUUCUAGCGUUGAUUAAACGUGUGAAAGUUCUGGAUACAAAAUCUUUGGUGGACGGUCUGCCAUUGGUAGUAGCUAUCCCGCUACUUAGAAAAAUUACUAAGAGGGAUGAUUUUGUCAGUUGGAUUUUGGGACUAGGAAUAGGAUUGACACAGCUAAAGAGGCAAGUACCGCACUGGUUCGUGGCUUCACUUUCCAUUGAGUCACUGUCAAAGUUAUUUAGGUGUUAUGUCGAUAUGGACUGUAUCAGUGAACGCAGAUGGAUCAUUCUACGACAAAUAGCUGUUAGUAUUUUACUUCCAAUUUUUUACCAUAGAAAUUUAACUAAAGGAAGGCUUUACAGAAUUCUAUUUGAGAAACGUAGUCCUUGGAAGGACUUUGCUCUUCUUUUUGCUGUAUGGAACCUGGUGAAGGUAUACCAAAACAUCAAGAAGGUUAUAUUUAAGAAGAAGACGGAAAAAAACCAUAACCGUAACUCAUCCCCUUUAUCACUAGACUCAGACGCACCAGAAACACGUACACAUUAUAACUUAAUGACAAGAAUGCUAAUUCAACGCCUUGAAGACUUGAAUGAACUUUCCGGAAAGCAGUCCAGAGCAACUCUCAAAGAACUCGUCUGUGGAUUUUUCUUCAGUGACAAUUUCAUCAAAUACGUAAAGUGGACCCUCUGGAGACAAAUAAUAAUGUUGAUUUUUAACGGUAAACAUUCUAAGUGCUUGAAACCAUUUCAUAAAUCUACGAUAAUAAUGCUAUCUUUUAUGUUACUAAGUGACCCACAACCGCUAGAUAUCAAUUGGCCCCUUGUGAAGCAACUUGUGAGAAGUACAUUGAGCGAAGAAUUAAGAAGAAUACCCCAGUAUCAAAAGCCAAUUCUCUUCGCGGCCCUAAAUGUUUCAUACCUAACCAAAUAUAUAUAA